ACAACUAGUCGAUCGAUCUUUCCUAGUAUACAAGUUCUUCGAGUUAUCUCAGUACGUUCUAAUUAGCUUGAUAAUUAAUCCAGAUGGAAAGAGCAGGUGCAUUUCUUGCCCAUCCCCCACCCACUCAUGGAAAGCUCAUCACUGUUCUCAGCAUUGAUGGAGGUGGAAUUAAAGGGAUUAUCCCCGGAACUGUGCUCAGCUUCCUAGAGUCCGAGCUCCAGAGGCUGGAUGGUGAACAUGCACGGUUGGCCGAUUACUUCGAUGUUAUUGCAGGGACUAGCACAGGUGGCCUUGUGACCGCCAUGCUUACUGCCCCAGAUCAUAACAACCGUCCCCUGUUUCCGGCUAACCAGAUCGUCGAUUUUUACCUUGAACAUUGCCCUAAGAUCUUCCCUCAAAUCAAUAUUCCAUUGUUUGGCGACGCCUUAGAAAAUGCAAAGGGCGUACAUGCACCAAAAUAUGAUGGCAAGUAUUUGCACAAGCUUAUCAAGGAAAAAUUAGGAAACAGAAAAUUGAACCAGACAUUGACCAAUGUUGUGAUCCCUACUUAUGAUAUUAAGUACCUCCAACCAGCUAUCUUCUCCAGCUACGAGUUAAAAAAGAACAAGAAAGUAGAUCCGCCUUUACUCUCGGAUAUAUGUAUCGGAACUUCAGCAGCACCGACUUACCUUCCCGCGCAUUGUUUCAAAACCGCAACAAGGGAAUACCAUCUCGUUGAUGGCGGUGUUUGUGCUAAUAACCCGGCUUUGACUGCUAUCACUGAAGUGACAAAAGAAAUCAAGAGCGGAAAUUCUGACUUCUCUCCCAAUGAGGGAGCUGCUCAUCAGGGAAAUAAGUUCCUACUCUUAUCACUGGGUACUGGUUCAUCAGCAAAAUGCCAGUACGAUGCCAAUAGAGCAAAAUACUGGGGUAUUUUGGCAUGGUUGAUGCAACCCAACUUUCAAUGUCCACUGUUAGAUGUACUGGGUGAAGCAACUAGUGACAUGGUAGACUGCCACAUUUCUACCCUUUUCCAAGCUCUUUGGUCCGACGAGAACUACCUUCGAAUCCAGGAUGAUAAACUGGAAACCAACUUGAAUUCUAUGGAUAAUGCGGCGCCUGCAAACUUGAGAGAACUUAAAAAGAAGGGAGAGGCACUGUUAAAGAAACGAGCUACAAGGUUGAAUAUAGAAACCGGUCUCCAUGAGCCUCAUGAUCGUAAUAUCACUAAUGAAGAGGCUCUCAGAGGGGUGGCGGAAAGGCUGUCCAGAGAAAGAAAGGAACGUAUCAGAUCAGCAGCGCCACAAGCAAACCCGGCAUCUGCCAGCUGAUCGAUAAGCAUGACACUCGAUCAAUCUCUGUUCAAGAAAAAUAAAAGCCGUGUGACGGUGGAAUACUAUCGAUUCUUACCAGAGAGCUUCGACUAUUUUAAUUUGUAUUUCAGUGUGGUCCUUAAAAAAAAACAGUGAGUAUUUUACUUCAGUUUGUAUUUCAGUGUGUACUUAAUGAGAUUAUGUUAUCAAUAAAUUCCAAUA